CCUGUGACAUGGAGUGCAGGACCUGGGAUUACAACAGGACAGAAUAAAGAGGCUACAGCAACAUGGGGAAGGGAGGGUAACAGGUGCCCCGAAAGAAGGCGGUCAAACUGGAACAACAAGUGCAGGGAAGUCAAACACUGAAGGUUUCGGGGAUCCAUGCUACAAAUUUGAAUCAGGAGCCAUUUGCAACCCCACCGGCUGGCCUGCCGCUGUCCACUGCCUGGGCCAUCUGUCGCCAGGCGCCGGCGGACCAGAGCCCGGCAUCUGGACAGCGCCGCGUCUCACUUAAUGGAGGGACCGGCGUGUCACUCGGACCAAAGAAGAGCAGGGAGAAACGGAGGCUCGGGUCAUCCCGCAGACUUUUUUUAAUUUGGCGGUCAAUUGAGAUACGUUCGACGGGCGUGUCCCCAAAACGAUGGAGUACAUCUGUUCCUUUUACCUGAGCCGGGCAUUGAGCGGUGAGAGAUCAAAGGGGUUUUGGGGCGCGGAUUCUUGAGGUGAAGAAUUGAGUCGAUUACAUGUUUCUGUCAUUUUCUUUUUAAUUAACUAACUAUGCUGCAUUGGACCACUUCUGAGGUGCUUUUCUAAAGGUGAAACACAUUAGAUGUGUUAUCAGAUGUAAGAGCUGCUGAAAGACCUUCCAAGACACAGCAACUGCACGCGCAUGCGCGCGGCGCGCACACAACCACACACACCCACGAGCACAUAGAGUGUUCGCCAUACAACGAUACACAAACACACGUGCUCAUCAGCACGCACACACUCCCCUCCGCCACACUCUCGUGACACGCAUCAAUUCACAGUCAUUUUCAGCCCCAUUGAGCACGCACGUGAACCCACACUCAUGCACAAACACUAACAGACAGACAUCUCUCAGAACGCCUGGGGACGUUUCACCUGAACACACAUCUCCAGGGUUAGCUGUUCCUCACGCCUUAGUCUGGAAAUUGACCUGUCACUACAGCCGUGGACUGUCUCAUUGUGUUUAUUUGUUUUUUCAUCUUUCCUCUGGCACCUGCUCUCUUCAAUCUUCCUCCAUCACUCUAUUACCACCCCGCACACACACACACACGCACGCACACGCGCGCGCACACACACCGCCUCCCUUACCAGCGAGAGAUAAUGUGACCUUCUGCCAAAGUGCUGGAAACCAUGCCACCGUCGCAGCGGGCUCCGCUGUUGCUACUGAAAUAGACUCAUACAAGUGCUGAAAGGAAGCGAACCGGGGGAGAGUGUGGGAGAGUGGGGGAGAGCGGGAAAAAAGACCACAACCUGGACAGCUGAAGCCACGGACACGGAAUGAGCCACCGGGAGCCAGGGCUGGAUGCGGAUUGCCAACGCAGGCAGUAGGCGACUGAGAUGGGCGUUCGUCUAGGCUGCUUGAGCGACUCCCCCUGGUGGCCGCCGCUGCUGCUGCUGUUGCUGCUCUGCGCUGCCCCCUGGUGCCGGGGCCGGCCGUUCGUCAACCCCUCGCCGGCAGUUAACGUGGCGGUGGUAUUCAGUGGCUCGGCCUACCAGCAGGAGAUCAAGGGGCGCCUGAGUCGGGAGAACUUCAUGGACCUGCCUCUGGAGGUGAACCCAAUCACAGUACUGGUGAAUAACACCAAUCCUCGGGCCCUACUCACGCGGAUCUGUGACACGCUGGCGGCCAACCGAGUGCACGGCGUGGUGUUUGAGGACAACAUCGGCUCGGAAGCCGUGGCACAGAUUCUGGAUUUUAUUGCCUUGCAGACGGCUGUGCCCAUCGUGGGUAUCAGCGGGGGCUCCGCUGUGGUCCUGCCACACAAGGGGGACGGCUCCACGUUCCUCCAGCUGGGCUCGUCCAUCGGGCAGCAGAUCAACGGCAUGUUCAAGGUGAUGGAGGAGUACAACUGGGACAGCUUUGUGGUCAUCACCAGCCUUUACCCAGGCUACGAGGUCUACGUGGACUACGUCAAGACCUUCACGGACACCAGCUACUUCAUGUGGGACCUGCAGGACGUGCUCACCUUCGACAUGUCUGCCGACGGCAUGAACGAUAUCCGGGCACGGCGUUUGCUGCAGCAGAUCGAUGCCCAGGUGCUGCUGGUGUACUGCUCCCACGAUGAGGCCCAGUACCUGUUCAGCAUGGCGGGGGACGCCGGCCUGCUGGGUCCCGGCUACAUCUGGAUCCUCCCCAGUCUGGCCGUGGGGAACCCGGACAUGCCGGCGCCGGAAAGCUUCCCCGUGGGCCUCAUCAGCAUUAUCACGGACCGCUGGAGGAUGAGCCUGAGGAAGCGGGUGCGCGACGGGGUGGCCAUCGUGGUCAAAGGGGUGCAGAGCUUCCGCAAACAGAGGGGAUACAUCCCAGAGGGCCACAACGACUGUCACAGCCCUGUCAAGGCAUCGACGAAUGACACGCUGUUCAGGCACAUGUUAAAUGUAACAUGGGAACACAAUGACUUCUCGUUCAACCCUGAAGGGCACCUGAUCAACCCAGCCAUGGUCAUCAUCACCCUAGACCGGGAAAGGCAGUGGGACAGGGUGGGGAACUUUGAGAUGGGAAUCCUGCAGAUGAGAUACCCAGUGUGGCCCCGCUACGGCACCUACCUGGAGCCAGUGUCAGAUAACAGGCACCUGACAGUGGCCACCCUAGAGGAACGUCCCUUUGUCAUAGUGGAGGCUGUUGACCCCAUGACCGGAACAUGUGUCAGCAACACUGUGCCCUGUCGCCGUCAGUCCAACAAGACAGAGGUUAUCGUUGGUCACACUGAGCCCUACACCAAGCUGUGCUGUAAGGGCUUCUGCAUAGACAUCCUGAAGAAGCUCUCCCGCACCACUAAGUUCUCAUACGACCUCUACCUGGUCACCAACGGCAAGCACGGCAAGCUGGUGAGAGGCAGCUGGAAUGGAAUGAUCGGAGAGGUGGUCUACAAGCGGGCAGACAUGGCCAUUGGCUCGUUGACCAUAAAUGAAGAGCGAUCAGAAAUUAUCGACUUCUCUGUGCCGUUCGUGGAGACGGGGAUCAGUGUGAUGGUUGCCAGGAGCAACGGGACUGUCUCGCCCUCUGCCUUUCUUGAGCCCUACAGUCCGGCGGUGUGGGUGAUGAUGUUUGUGAUGUGCCUGACGGUGGUGGCAGUCACAGUGUUUAUCUUUGAGUACUGCAGCCCCGUGGGCUACAACCGUAGUCUGGUGAGCGCCAAGGGUGAGUGUCAGCUCCGACCGCCUUCCCCUCCACCCCCACCCUCCCGUAUCAGCAAUGGUAGAAAGUCCCGGAAAAAUCCUGGAGGCCCCACCUUCACUAUUGGAAAGUCUGUGUGGCUGCUGUGGGGAAUCGUCUUCAACAACUCCGUACCCAUUGAGAACCCAAAGGGCACCACCAGUAAGAUCAUGGUCCUGGUUUGGGCCUUCUUCGCUGUCAUCUUCCUGGCCUCUUACACAGCCAACCUGGCAGCCUUCAUGAUCCAGGAACAGUACAUUGACACAGUCUCUGGACUGAGUGACAAAAAGUUUCAGAAGCCCCAGGAGCAGUAUCCGCCAUUUCGUUUUGGCACGGUCCCAAAUGGGAGUACAGAGAGGAACAUUCGGAGCAACUACCCUGAGAUGCACGCCCACAUGGUGAAAUACAACCAGAAGGGGGUGGAAGACGCCCUCAACAGUCUCAAAUCUGGGAAACUGGAUGCCUUUAUCUAUGAUGCUGCUGUGCUGAACUACAUGGCGGGUAAAGACGAGGGCUGCAAGCUGGUGACCAUCGGAAGUGGGAAAGUCUUUGCCACCACUGGCUACGGAAUUGCCUUGCAGAAGGAGUCACGCUGGAAACGUCCCAUAGACUUGGCCUUACUCCAGUUCCUAGCUGAUGGUGAUACACAGAAACUACAAACGGUGUGGCUCACAGGAAUUUGUCGAAACGAGAAAAAGGAGGUGAUGAGCAGUAAACUGGACAUCGACAACAUGGCGGGUGUCUUCUACAUGCUACUGGUGGCCAUGGGGCUCAGUCUGCUGGUGUUCUCUUGGGAACAUUUACUCUACUGGAAGCUCAGACACUCUGUACGCAAGUCGGAACGUCUCGACUUCCUGCUUGCAAUCAGCAGGGGGAUCUACAGUUGCUUCAAUGGUGUCGAGGACUCUGAACACAAUGGGAACCUCCAAAACCCGGACGUCACCACCAACUACACCCAGGCCAACAUGCUGAAGAUGCUGCAGACAGCCAAGGACAUCGUGUCUUCAGCCAGAGUGGAGAAUUCCCUGGACAAUGCCACCAAGACGAUAGAAAGUUGGAGCCGGCGUGGGGCCGACAAUGUUCGCGUUGGCCUGCCGCCCCGAGUGGCAACGACCGUCGACAUGGCGCAAAGGCGACUGCCCUAUAUCUCGAGCAUCACGGACAACCACUCCACCUACCCACAGAGGGCACUCACGCCCACCUUCCCCAUCCACUACGGAGACAGUGCCAACCAGCCGUUGCUGGACAAACCCAGGGUGGUGACGCGGCCCACCCCACUGCGCUACACCCUGCCGGCCCGCGGUAGCCACCAGGUCUAUGAGAGGACGCUACCCAUCUCCAGCCUUAGCAGUCCCCACAUCGCUAUGAGGGACCCCGCCCCCCCUGGCACCUCCGCCCACAACCCGUACACGCACGCCCACCACAGUAGCAGGCUGUAUGUGGAGGGCCAGCCCCAGCACCCCAGCUCCCCCUUUGUCCCCUACAGAGAGUUCCAAGUGCCAGACAUCUACGUGGAACGCCACAAAGCGCCCCUGGCCAGGAAGUUCAGCUACCCCCCCGACCACAUGGCCAGGAAGAAGAGGACCCACAACUACGUGUUUUCGGAGCCCCCGGACACCAGGGGGAGGAACGACUACGACGAGCCGACCUCCUGCCUGGCUGAGCUGAGGGCCAACCACCUCCUGAAUAGCCACGCCUCAGUGGCAUCCGCCAUGGCCUGCGGAGGAGGCCAGUACCCCAGCGGCAGUGCCAGCUGCAACUCCUGCAUGAAGCCCUACCUGGAACCGGAGAUGGAUGACGUGCCCCUGCUGGGGAAGGACAAACUCAACCGUCGCGCCUCCUUCCUCAAGGCCACCUGGGGCAGCGAGAGGAUCCGCCAGCUGGACGAGAAGCCGUCCUCCUCCACCAUGCCUGACCUGUUCCCCCGCGUGGUGGUGGCCAACCCCAAGCCGCACAAGCUGUACGGCAGCCAGGGGAACAACCUGUGCUAUACCCUGGCGGCUGAGCCCGCCUACCUGGACCCGGCCCAUAUGGGGUCAUACCCCUACAAGCAGCAGAAGCUCAAGUACUCCCAGUCCACCCGGCUGCCCUCCUACAGGGAGGCGAUCCUGCAGAAUGCAGCCGCGUUGCGCCGCUCCUCCUCCACCGUGGUGCACAGACACUACUCCACCUACCUGAACUCUUACACGGACAUGCCUGUGUACAUGGGCCCGCUGCCCCAGGGGCCCGGGCAGUUCUACAACAAGGACAUGUGCCACCUGUUUCCUUGCGCUAGCCACUGCCCCGACAAUACAAACCUGGUGCCCCGUAUGGGGGACCGGCAGGUGAUGUACCAGAACAAUAUGUUCAGGGGCUUUGAGGGUGCAGUGGGGUAUUCAAGAGAAGAGCCACCCCUGCCCGGGUCCGGGAGCAGAGACCGGAGGCAAGUGUUGGUGGCCAGAAGAGUCAACAGUCCCUAUGUGCCAAAGCCCUGGGGCAGGGUGUCCAGUCUGGAGUCUGAGGUCUGAGAGCCAAGUCCACCCUCCACACCUUCAGAAUGAUGGACUGUUCCUCCCUCUGUGGAGAGGAAAGCCAGCCUGGGAGCCUGGGAGCCAGCCUAGGAGCCAGCCUGGGAGCCAACCCCUCAGCCUUUGGUUUAAGCAAAAAAAUGAAUGAAGUAGCUACUAGAGCAGGACUUGAGUGUUAUACUCAGUGCAAUAAUAUCCUUGGCUGCAGGAAGAAAGGAGAGGACACAGUUAUUAGUGCUGGGGCGUUAAGUAAACUUUAAGUGAUAAGAAAAGACAAUGUUGAGUAGUGUUUAAUAUCUUGAAAUUUAAGCUGUUGAUUGUUCACAUUUUUAAAUGCUGUCUUGCUGUGAGGAAAAAAGAGGGUGGCAAUGUACUGUAGCCUCUCACUCUUAAUUCAGCAGUUUGGACAAACCAGUAUUUUUCUUUUAUUUUAAAGUAUUUCGGUAUCCUUCCAUUUAAAUUGCAAUUUGUGGAAUAUAUGAGAACGAUAAUUCAUGAUUUUGUGAUCAAACCACAGAAAUGUCUUCCACGACUUUUGUAAGUCCAGGAGCUCUGGGGAAAGCUGUCUGUUUGAGGCUUUUUGCUCCAGGGAUCACUGAUGUAAUUUGACUUUUUGAUUUUAAAAAGGGACAAAAAUAAAUUAUGAUCUGUAUUCCCAUUGUUACUCUACUCUUUAAUAAAUGAGGAAGCCCACGUCAAAGGC